UUCGCAGCAGCAGUGUUCUUAGGUUGGAAAAAUCGAUUUUUACCCCGGAAAAGUGCAACCAAAGUGAACUAGAACUGUCGGAAUCGGUGCUAGGAAAGAUGGAGCGUUUUGCAAUCAAUAUUUUACACAAGCAGAUUUAUAAAAUUUGCCGUUUGUGCGGAGUAGAUAAUCCGGUCAAAUUUCCCAUCGUCGAUGAGAAUGAAACCGUCAUAGUCGGCGACGACGACGAAGCGACGCUAGUAAGAAAAAUCGAGGAAUGUGUUGGUAUACAGGUCAGCAAAGAUGACCGAAUGCCGCAAAAUAUCUGCUCUCUGUGUGUGGAUAAGAUCAAUGACUUCUUCGAGUAUCGAUUGAUGUGCGCAGCGACCAACCUGCAAACUAGGACCAUUUUGAACCUGCCCUUGGUGGAUCCGACAAGGAAGCUAAUUCCGGUUGGUGAUAGCCCGAAAAUAGAUAUAAAAGACGUCAAGGAGGACGUAAAGAAGGUAGUUGAAGCAGCCAGCACUAGUGGUGUUAGUAGCACAAGUUCUGGUAAAAAAGGAAAAAAGAGACGCUCAGCUCCAUCACCGUCGCCCUCGCCAGCCCCUACUACUAGGGUGAAGGCCGCAGUAGAUAUCGUUAAGGAUGAACCAGUUCCGACAACACCAGUGAAGGCGCUGACAAAAAAAGAGCGACUAAAACAACAGCAGCAGCAACAGAUUAUCCAACAGAAAGAAAAGGACGAUAAGAAAAAGAAGGAAGAAGAGAAGAAGAAAAAAGAAGACGGUCGAAAGAGGAAAGAUGAAGAGAAAAACAAAAUCAAAGAUGAAGUCGAAAGCACAUCGGAUCCAAAAGUUACUCGAUCGAAACGUAAGGAUAUUUCUCCGGUCAGAGAAGCGGAAAAGGUGGAGCCCAGUGUUCCUGCGCCGAAGAAAAUUAAAUUCGAACAUCCAUGUUCAUAUUGUUCAGAUGAGUUUAAAACGCAGACCGAACUUGAUGGACAUUUGGUUACGAAGCACACUCCCAUGGUGCGGAAGUUUGGCUGUGGAUCCUGUGGUGAGACCUUCGAGUCUGUUCUCGAAUUUAAAGAUCACAAUUUGUGGCAUCAGUUGACACGCACUAUGUACACUUGCUUCAAGUGCAAGCGAAAAUAUGAUAAGAAUACUGCGCUAGUCAAGCACUGUGCGUUGAACGCCUGCGGACGCUUUUCUCGAGGCCGUCCACCAACAAUCAAACCGGACGUUCAGUGCCGUUUAUGUCACAAAAAAUUCAAAACACAGAAUUUAUACGAAUGGCACAGUUGCUUCCUGAAACCGAAAGGAAAUUGUCCCAAAUGUGGCAAAUUUUUCGUUAAGAAAGCAGUACUGACUCGUCACUACAUGAUGUUUUGUACUGGGACGCUUCCUCCGCCUGAACCGGUAGUUAUUCCAAAAGAAGAACCAAUUGAUAUUGCCGAAAAGAAUGCGGCCGGGGUUGCUGCAGCGGCCGCUGCUAACGCCGAACGUCGUACUCGUCGUUCGGUGGUCGUAGAACCGGAAUUGCCGAAGGAGGAACGUGAAAUUCCCUUCCCACCACCACUUGAUCUUGUGCCAGAUGUUCCCUCCAGCAGCAAAAAGAAAGCAGGUCGCAAGGAUACAACUAAAGAAGCGGUCGAAGCUGCUUCGCCAGCUUUGGAACAGGCUAAAAUUGCCUCUCUUCUCGAUUCCGGGGCGAAGCUUGGUCGGGAUACAGACAUUGCUACCAUCAAUAACUUGCUAAGCUCCGUAAGCGAAGCGAUUGCUAGUCUUUCAGAGGCAAAGGCUAAGAAGAAAAAGAAAAAGAAGGACAAGACUAAGGAAAAGGAACGUGUAGAAGAAGAAUUUACAACGGAAGAAACAAGUGCGUCUGUGGUAGGGAAGACUCCGACGCCGGCAGAAACGACUACCCCUACGAUUGAUGAGAAGAGCGAGGAAGAGCGGCAAGCCGAAGCGCUGGCCCUGGAAGUAUGUGAGAUGACUUUGGAGCAGCAGUUGGCCCUUUGUUCUGGGAAGCAACCGAUGGUUGUGUUGGCUAAAACGCACUUCAAACAGGAAUGCACGGAAAUCGAUACGGAGCCUUCGCAAUUACAAGAGCCAGUGGAAGAAGAAGGCUCCGAUAAUAACGAGUUCGAUGACAGCGCUAACGAUUUCACUGGUUUCCAAGAAGAAGAAGAUGAUGAUGACCAAUCGGAACAGCAAGAACCGCAAGAAACUGAUUUGCAACAUCAAGCAGAAGAGGAAGAACUGCACAAGGAAUUGGGAGAAAAACAGCAGCUGCCUCGGAAAGAAGUGUCGCAACGAGGUCAGGCAGAAGAGCAAGAAGAGGAUGGAAGGACAUCAGCUUUGAAAGCUGCGAGAGCACAAGAAGAAGAAGAAGAUAUUCCUUUCCCAAUGCCUAUUAAACAAGAGCCCGAAGCAGAAUCUCAGGAAGAGAAGGAAUCGUCAGAGCCCGAACCAGAAACAUCGACGGCGUCAACACCUGUCGCUCCGGCUGUAGCAGAAAAAGAAGCACUGUUUGAUGAGCAGUUGGCCCUUAACAUAAAAAGAGAGCCCGGCGUUGAGGAGGAGGAAAGCAAAAGGCCGGGGUCUCGAUUGUCAGCAGCAUCUCCAGCGGUGACUGAAGGAACAUCUCCAAAACCUACGAUAAUUCUAAAAAUCAAGAAAGAAAAGGGUCUACUGAAUGCUUCUGUUGAACCCUCAAAGGACAUCCGAACAAUCAUUUUGGAUGAUGAUGAACAGGACUUACCAGCGGAAAAAGCUCCAGUGAAGAGUAGAAAAAAUAAGGUCUACAAGAAACCCAACAUUUUGACUGUUAAAAUCAAGCAAGAAAAAAUAGAUCCAGCAUACGAGCGGCAGGAACAGACUACAGCGCAGAAUGUUCAACUUCCACUGGGAGUUCAGAUCAAGCAAGAACCCAUUGAUAACAGUGACCAAACUGUGUCAGCAGUACGACCCUUACCCGAACAUGCCGCCGAACCGAUUGAAGAUGGAAUACUUGCUAAACCACCGAGAAAGAAAGUUCGCUUGAUGAAUGUUCAAGAUGAAUCCGCCUCACCAGUUAUUGCAUUUGAUGGCGUUCGUAUUAAGCAGGAAAAAUCCGACAGUCCGUCACCAGCUACUGUUCUAGCGGCGGAGGAGAAUCAACCGAAAUCCAUCGAAAAGAAGAAAAAAUCCAAAGUAAAAAUCAACCCGUUCGCACUUUUUAAGCAGAGAAUGGCAGCUGAAUCAGCUGCUAAAAGCGUCGCAGACGCUGAUAUCCCACCUUCCAAACCCUCUCAAGCGCCAUCUCCACUGCCAGUUAUUACUAACGUAGUCGGCAAUCUUCCUGCUUCUUCCACGUCUUCAUCGAAAAGUUCAUCCGGUAGAAAUACGCCAAAUCCGAUGGCGCAAGAGAAGCAAAGAGCGGUACCAGUCAUUGCGCAGGUUACUUCAAUCGCUGCGAAACCCGACACAGAAUUCCCGAUGCCGAUUAAGCAGGAACCAGCGGACGAAGCAGAAGAACGAGAAGAAGAAGAAGAAUCGAACGAUCAGCAGGCGGAUGAUGACGACUUUCCCUUGCCUAUAAAGGAGGAGCCUUCCGUGGAACCUUCAGAGGAACCAAUGGAGGAAGAAGAGCCGGAAUUCCCCAUGCCAAUCAAAGAAGAACCGACGGAAUCUACCGCAAUGCAAACUAAUGAUGAAGAAGAUGAUGAGACGGUUAAUGAAAAUGAGAUAGAAAAACCCGAAAGGAAUAGCAGUGAAGCUAGUAGCGUCGGUUUAGAAGCAGAUUCCAGUGAAACGAUUGAUAAUGAGAAUGAUUCGGGAAAAAUAGACGAAGAAGAAGAAGAAGCGGAAGAUGAAAAUGUAGAGUCCAAUGAGGCAACAGAGAAGGAUGAAAAUGAUGCGAACAGUGAGGAAGAAGAAGGAAAACAGAUAUUGGAUGUUGCUAGAAACGAUCAUGAUGAUAAUGACGAGAGAGUCAAUAAAAUCGUUAAUGAAAAAGAAUGCGGUUCAAUGUCAGACUCUCAGAAGGAGGUCGAUUUAUUAAAUGAAAAAGAAACAAAUGGCAAGGAAUUGUUCUGUGAGGAACCGGAAAACUCUACCUCGCCAAUAUCGGAUAUUCCCAUGGACGAAUAUGAAGAAAAUUCACAAAGUAGGCAGCUUUCCAGCGGAUCUGCCGAAGCCACGGAAGUAUUAUCGUCCAAAAAUAAUGAAACUUCUGUUGAAGUUAGUUCAAAAUCUUCGAAAAACACAGAAGAAAGUCGAUCCUUGUGUGAGACAGAAGAUUCUGAAUCUCACACUACCGUUCAAGCUGCCUGUAGUGAGACGUUAAUGAAUAAACUAGAAUCAACCGAUAUCGCAGAGCCAGUAUCUGGCUCUGAGCCGACACCAUCACAAUCCGAUUUUGAAGAGUUGCAAAAUUUACUGACGGAAGGUCUGAAACCGACAGAUCUUAACUACGCGUCCUCCGGUGCGGUUGAAUCUACUGCCAAUGGAUCCAGUGCCGAUGGUUUGGUGGACGAGCUGGACAGCCUAUUGAACAAUAAACUCGAGGAAAUCUCGGACCAGUUGAAGCAUCCACAAAACUCAGCUGCCGUUGCUGCCGCCACCCCGGAUGAAGACAUCAGUUUGGCCUUCGAACGGGAACUACUGCAUGAAAUGAUGCCACCCAUUCAGCGGGAUCACCAGUCCGAAGACGCGAUAAACGCGCGAGCGGUGGUUAACAGUAGUGAUUUCACAAGCGACAAACGAUUGCUGGAUGCAGGAAAACUUGCGCAGACAAGCGGAACUGAGCUGUCGUAAAAACUCGAAAGUUUUCCUUCUAAUCGUAUUUCUAGCAGAACGGAUUUACUCAUCGCGUUAGGGUUAAAAAUGAGAGUUUUUAGUUUUACUUGAUUCCUUAGCUGUAGCAGAGCUUUUUCCAUUUUUUCUUUCAAUACACGCUGUUUGAAGCGGUACGUACAUUUCGUUUUUGUUCAAAAAAGAUCAGUCAAUCUUUUGUUGAUGUUUAAUUUUUUUCUGUGAGUUUAGUAACACCGGAGUUAUAAACGAGUAACGAUAAAAUGGAAAGCUGUUUCUGACUGAAACAAUGAAUACUUUUAGUCGCGUAAGAGAUUGUAUGUGGAGUUAGGUCAAACAUCAUUUAAAGUCUGUAUUGCUAAAAGUAAUAGUGGAUACUUCAAUAAUCGUAUUUCAUAUAAAGUAAU